UUUCGUUGCCACAAGAAAAAAAGAUACUUCACUUCCCUUUGCGGGUUCCUAUAAUCUAUACCAUUGAUCGCGACGCCCGUAGACUUUUUGUUUUGGUCAAAGUUUCGUUUUGACCUGAUUUAAAUUAUUGAAAGUAAUGAUCAUCCUAUUAGUGGUUUAUUUCCUUUGUUUUUCGUGAUUGAUGCGCACCUUUACCUAAUGUGUGUUGAAUAAAAAUAUACAAUAAUCGUCCUCUUAAUUGAAUCAACUCAACCACCAAUAAUAAUAGUCUUCUUGCUGGUAAAAAAAUUCAUUCACACAAGUACUUUAACAUUCAGAGAGAAAUUGAGUUUAUAGAAACAUUCGCUUGUUUACUCUGUGUGAGAAACCUUAUCCACACAGUAUGUGUGAAAAUUCUAAUACAGAUCAGAAUAAUUUAAAUGAACACUCUCUUGUUCGUAAUGAGGAGAAAUCUUAUUCAUGCAAUGUGUGUGAUAAAUCUUUCACUAAAAAAUCUAACUUAACAAAACAUUCUGUUGUCCAUACUGGAGAAAAGCCUUUUUCUUGCAAUGUAUGUGAUAAGUCUUUUACUCAGAAAUCUAGCUUAAAUAAACACUCUCUUAUUCAUAUUGGAGAGAAGCAUUUUUCAUGCAGUGUGUGCAAUAAAACAUUCUUAUUGAAAGCACAAUUAAAUGCACAUUCUUUUGUUCAUACUGGAGAGAAACCUUAUUCAUGCGAUGUGUGUAAUAGAUCUUUCUCAAAGAAAUGUAAUUUAAAUGAACAUUCUCUUACUCAUACUGGACAGAAACCUUAUUCAUGUACAGUGUGUGAUAAAUCUUUCAGACGGAAUUCUGAUUUAAUUGAACACUCUCUAAUUCAUUCAGGAGCGAAACCUUUCUCAUGCAGCGUGUGUGAUAAGACAUUCGCACGGAAAACUCAUUUAAAUGGACACUAUCUAGUUCAUACCGGAGAGAAACCUUUUUCGUGCAAUGUUUGCGAUAAAACAUUCUCUAGGAAAGCUCGUUUAAACGAGCAUUCUCUCGUACAUACUGGUGAAACACCAUAUGAAUGUACUGAGUGUAGUAGUUCUUUCAUGUCUAAAUCUGAUUUAAAUCAACAUUAUUCUGUUCAUAAUGGAAAUAGACCUUAUUCAUGCAGUAUUUGUAAUAGUUCUUUCAUGCGUAAAGCAGAGUUAGAUCGACAUUAUACAGUCCAUAGUGCCGAGAAGCCUUUUUCGUGCAAUGUGUGCAAUAAAGCAUUCUCACGGAAAACUUAUUUAUAUAAACAUUCUCUUGUUCAUACUGGAGAGAAACCUCAUGCAUGCAAUUUGUGUGAGAAAACAUUCACUAGGAAAACUCAUUUAGAUAAUCAUUUACUUGUUCAUGCUGGUGUAAAACCUUUUACAUGCACAGUAUGCGGUAGGUCUUUCACACGAAAACCAGAUUUAAAUCAACAUUAUGUUGUUCAUACAGGAGAAAAACCUUUUUCAUGUAGUGUGUGUAAUAAAUCUUUCACAAAGAGAUCUAAUUUAAAUAAACAUACUCUUGUUCAUAGUGGAGAAAAACCUUUUUCAUGCUCUGUUUGCGAUAAAACAUUUUCAAGGAAAGGUCAUUUAAAAGAUCACAACCGUGUUCAUACUCGAGAGAAACCUUUUUCGUGUAGCGAGUGUAACAAAUCUUUCACCCGGAAAUACGAUUUAAUUCUUCAUUAUGUUAUUCAUACUGGAGAGAAGCCUUAUGAGUGUACCGUGUGUGAUAUGGCAUUUUCAAGGAAAUCUUAUUUAAGAAAACACCAUGCUCUUCUUCAUGCCGAAGAGAAACCUUUUGUAGUGUAAUAUGCUAUAUGAACACAGUUUAAAUUGUCAUUUAGUUGCUUACGCUGGAGAAGAGUCUUUGUAGUUUUUAUGAUAAAUCAUUCCCGCAUAUAAGAUGUUAAAUUAAAUAACACUGUAUUGUUCAUACUAGAUGGAAACUUUAUUCAUGCAAUGUCAAUAAUAAAUCUUAUACAAAGAA